AAAAGGCCAGUCUGUGAUCCCCUAAAGGGACCGCGCUCAGGACCUUGUGACGCCAGCUGCUCCUCCUUCCCGUCUGUUCUCUAGCAUGAUCUCCUUCUGUCCAGAAUGUGGCAAAAGUAUUGAAUCGACAUUCAAAUUCUGCCCUUACUGCGGAAAACUGUUACCAACAGAACAGCACGAUGGCGCUGAGGCCUUUGUCAGACCACCUCUGGCCUCCUUCCGAGACUGUGAGAGUUCCGGGUCUGAAGACACCCUGAGUCCCUGUGGAAAAGCCAGAGCCCCUGCAGGCACCAGAAGCGAAAGCACCGUCCCCAAAGCCAGCCCACAGACCAGCCAGCAGAGCACGCAGACCAGCCGGAGGAGCCCACAGGUGGCCAGGAAGAGCCCACAGGCAGCCAGGAAAAGUCCAAAGACAUCCACGCAAAGCCCACAGACCUCGCGAAGCCCACAGAAGCCAAAGCGGAGCCAGGUGACUGCCUCACUCGAGGCUUUGCCAGCUGGGACGCUGCUAACCGACAAGAAUGGAAAUCUCUGGAAGCUGGGCUAUCUCCAGGCCAGGGGCGAUCAGGGAAUUCUCUAUGAAGCUGAGCCGGCCUCUGCAUCCACCUCCAAGUGCAGAUCUCAGAAAGGAAGGUUCUCGCUCAAGCUGGACUCCAAGGACGGACGCUUGUUCAAUGAGCAGAACUUCUUCCAGCGGGCCGCCAAGCCUUUGCAAGUGAACAAGUGGAAGAAGCUGUACUCGGUCCCUCUUCUGGCAGUGCCCACCUGUGUCGGUUUCGGCAUUCACCAAGACAAGUUCAGGUUCCUGGUGUUCCCGCAUCUGGGGAGGAGCCUGCAGUCAGUCCUGGAUGACAACCCGAAGCAUGUGAUGGCGGUGCAGUGUGUGUUCCAGGUGGCCUAUCGGCUGCUGGACGCCCUGGAGUUCCUCCAUGAGAACGAGUAUGUCCACAGCAAUGUGACAGCGGACAACAUCUUUGUGAAUCCAGAGGACCUAAGCCAGGUGACCCUCGUGGGAUACGGCUUCGCCUUCCGCUACUCCCCAGGCGGGAAGCACGUGGCCUACUCAGAAGGCAGCAGAAGCCCGCAUGAGGGGGACCUCGAGUUCAUCAGCAUGGACCUGCAUAAGGGCUGUGGUCCCUCCCGCCGCAGUGACCUCCAGUCUCUGGGCUACUGUAUGCUGAAGUGGCUCUACGGGUUCCUGCCAUGGACAAAAAACCUCCCCAACACCGAGGAAGUCAUGAAGCAGAAACAGAAGUUCCUGGACAACCCGGAUGCACUCAUGGCCCAGUGCAGCCACUGGCUCAACCCCUCAGAGGCCCUGCUGAAGUACCUGAAGGUGGUGAUGGCCCUCCGGUAUGAUGAGAAGCCACCCUACAUCAUGCUGCGGAACAGUCUCGAAGCCCUGCUGCAGGAUUGCCGGUUGUCGGCCUACGACCCCUUGAACCUCCAGAUGGUGCCGUAGAAUUUCCAACUUGCAGUCUGAAAUCAAAGAAGAAAUGUGACUCCAAGCCUGCUGUAGGUUCACAGAUUAGCGUCUAGUAAGAUCCACUGCUUUGAUUGUGCAUUCCUGCUGCAGCUUUAGGCCAGUCCUGCUCCUUGGCUGCUGUUAGUGUCUCUGCCCAGGCCCCAGUCUCGGACACUGUGAAGUCCCGUUCCUCCUUCAGGCCAGCCCGUCCCUUUAGUCUAUGUCGCUGCAGCGGCAGAGCCAGGGCCAUCACCUCGGUGGGAUCCACCCUCUUCUGACACCCCUGUGCUUUGAUAAUAAAUUGUUUUAUUGGAACUUGGA